ACCCGUGGCAAAAAAGGGACCAAUGUUUGCACAGCAUCGUACAGACGAUAGGAUUACAAUGACGGAGCUCUGCUUGACCUGCUGCUCCACCUGUACGCUCUAGGUCCGACCUUUCAGACUGGUGCGUUAUGCAGCACAACGGUAUGUCCGGGUCGUCGAAGCGCGAGGAGCUGCACCAAAAGUCAGGUGAAAAACAACCACGUUCCACUGGAGCGGAGAACUGAUGGAGUAAGGAAUGGCGAUGCGUCUAAAGAGUUCUUUUCGCUGGCUCGGCAUUGCCUUGCUGGUAAUCUGUGUAUUGCCGACAGUCGUGUUCUACACCUGGGGUCCCCCUUUCAAUGGAGGUACUACUGGUACCACGCAGCAGGGCUCACUUCGGGCCGGACAGAACGCAGGGUUGCUGGGACACUUCGGCAGUUGGAAACGUACCCAGGAACUAGGAUCACAAGGCACAAGAAACUUCGCCACCUGUGAGCCGAGAACUGACAUUGCGUUCAUCAAGACCCACAAAACUGGCGGAACAACAGUGAUGCAGAUUCUUCACCGAUUCGGCUACCUUCAUAACAGCUCUUUCCUCAUUCCUCACCACAACAUCAACGACCUCUAUCCAUACGGACUGCUCUAUCCACAACUGUACCUCCGUCCCAUACAGCACGGGCACGGCAUCCUAACCUACCACACUGUAUACAAUAGACCGGCUAUCGUAAAACACCUCUCUGAAAAUUCAACGUUUUUCACUAUCCUACGUGAACCUUUAAGUCAUCUAAAAUCCACCUUCAGCUACUACAGGCUGUCCAGACUCAUGGACGACUAUGAGAGUACAGAGAUGGAGGCAAUGAUAAAGUUUCUAGAGGACCCCGGGCGGUAUGACACCAAGUUUAACACCCAAAACCCUGGUCGGCCCAUUUCCUUCACUAGAAAUCCCAUGGCUCUCGAGCUCGGAUUUCCCGUUCAAAAGUUACGAAAUAUUACAGGGAAUCCGAGUUCUGAAGACAUCAAAGAUUUCCUGGAAACAAUCUCGGGAGAGUUGGAUUUGGUUAUGAUUCUUGAAUAUUUUGAGGAGUCCCUGGUUCUGCUUAGGCGGCUGAUGUGUUGGGAUCUGCAGGACAUUUUGUACCUGAAAUACAACAGUUAUGAGUAUGACAACGUUACAGUUCCACCUGUUCUCAUGGACAGGCACAAACAGUGGGACACAGUAGACUAUGCCCUGUACAAUCAUUUCAAUAGAACACUAUGGGGAAAGAUCCAAAAGGAAGGCAACGACUUCAGAGAGGAAUUACAUCACUUCAGAGACAUUGAACACAAAGUUCGGACACAUUGUUUUUCUCCCAAAGAUCAAUUACCAACAACUGUGGAGAGGAGUCCAUGGAAUGCACAAUUUCUGAUUGACUCGGAGUUCUGUACAUGGCUCAAGGCAUCCCAUAUGUGCUACUGGACAUUGUUACGUGACAGAAGCCUAAAAUUCCACAUGUCGACUGACGAAAGAAAGACCUCUCCGCUGAAGCAAAAGCCACGCUCGUUCCUCGUGAAGCUAUCCAAGAAGCUCCGUGUAUCCUCUGGUAUCCACGCCCCACCCUUCUGUGUGCUGUGUGGGGAAGUCCAGAGGUACUGCAGUGACCAUGAGUAUGUGUCACACCUGUACCAGGAAGGUCAUAUCUCAUCUUCCCUGUCAAGUUCUAAUCGUCUGGAACUGCAGGGAUGGCAUGGGGGAAAUCCUCUACCCCCCGCAUAGCAUAUACAGAUAUAUAGGUAUAGAUUUAGUGUUCUACAUGUAAAGAAAUGUAACGUUACAAAAUUAUGUGAAAAGCUAUAUGCUAACAGAAACACAAAAUAGUUGGAGACAAAAUAUACGUACUUUGCUUGUCUGUUUAAAGAAUUUUAUUUGAAGGCCAAUCAAUUGGACCCAGCAUUCAUAAAUACACUGGCAGAUGUGAACAGGCAUGACCUAUUGUAAUAGGUUGAAUAUUUGUUUGCAGACUUGGCUGCCAUUGAUUGACAUUGUGUACAUUGAAUUUAUUCUAAUAGCAUGUAUUGAAUCCUAGAAAAGGCACAUGUGACUUUAACAUGCUCACCUGAAUGAUAGCUUACAUGUGGACAAGAUUUUCUAUGCUUUUGUUGCUAUUCUGAGUGAACGGCAGUUGGAGAACGAUCUUUGUAAAUGCUUCACUUCUAUAAUAAAAUGAAUAAUGAUGAUGAUGA